GGUAUAUAUUGAAUACAAGAAUAAAGAAUCUCUUCUUCUUCGUUCACACACUCCUCUCAUAUUCUGCUUUCCUCUGCAACUCCUAAAACAACCAUGGCAGCUGCUUAUGCAACUCUUGUUUCUGCUAUGAAUAUCAUAAACAGCCUUCACCAUCAUCCCCACCCUCCUAUUUCUCUCCCCAUUCAACAAGUUGAGUCUCUCACUCAAAAGAUUCAUUUCCUGCUCGAAUUUCUCGAGGGGUAUAACCCCCAUCGUGAUUACUCCAAAGAAGCCGAUCCAUUGGAGUGUCGCAUUGCAGAUGCAGCUUAUGCGGCCGAACACGCCAUUGAAUCUCAUAUUCAAGCUUCUUCGAUUCCGCAGCAGAGUAGCAUUCUGGGUGCUGAUUAUGUCAAGCUUCAAAUGAGAGAUGAGCUCACUUCUCAGUGCUAUGAUCUCUCAAAAAAAAAAAAAAGAAAAAAAAAAAGAAAAAAAAAAGGGGGAGUUGGAGUCAAACAAAUAAUGGAGAAAAUGUUGUUCCUCUCGAGAAGGUGAUAAAAGACAUUGCUUCGAUCGAAGAGGAGGCCAAGCAAAUUCAAGGUAGAGUUGGAGUCCAACAUCAGCCGCGCACAAAGCCAACGCCUUUGGAUUCGUCGAGAUCUUCCUCGAUUCCGCAGCAGAGUAGCAUGGUGGGUGCUGAUGAUGUCAAGCUUCAGAUGAUAGAUAAGCUCACUUCUCAUUGCCGCGAUCUACAAAUCAUUCCCAUUGUAGGGAUGGGCGGCUCUGGUAAGACCACUCUUGCUAGAACUAUUUAUGGGCUACCAUCUCUCAAGAAGCAUUUUUAUAUUUGUGCUUGGGCUACUAUCUCUCAAGAAUAUACCAUUAGAGAAAUUUUUGCAUCUGUUCUUCGUCAGUUAAAUAUAGAAGUUGAUGACAAUUUGAGGGAUCAUGAAUUAGGAAAUAAAUUGUAUCAACAUCUUUUCCAUAGAAGAUUCCUAAUUAUAAUGGAUGAUAUGUGGAGCAUUGAUGCAUGGGAUAGAGUUAGAAAUUAUUUUCCAAAUAACAAAAAUGGUAGCCGAAUAGUGGUAACAACUAGGCUAUCGGAUUUGGCUUCUAAAUUAUCCAACUCUGAUAGCCUUGGGAUGGAACUUUUGGAUGAGGCUCAUAGUUGGGAGCUUCUCUCCAAAAUUGUGUUUGGGGAAAAAGGUUGCCCACUUGAAUUGGAGGAAAUUGGAAAAGAGAUUGGAAAAAGCUGCAAAGGACUUCCAUUGUCAAUUGUCGUGGUGGGAGGUCUUUUGGCCGAGUCCAAACAUGAAAAAGAGUGUUGGGAAGAGAUAGGGGAAAACUUGAAUGCAACUGUUAAUUUAGAGGAUGAUGAACAUUGCUUGAAAAUACUAUACAUGAGUUACAAGCAAUUGCCAAUACAUUUGAAACCAUGUUUUCUCUAUAUGGGAGUUUUUCCCGAAGAUGAGGAGAUUAGUACGUCAGAGCUCAGUAGAUAUUGGAUUGCGGAAGGAUUUGUGAAAGCAGUAAGUGGGAAAAGCUUGGAAGAGAUAGCUAAAGGGUAUUUAAAAGACCUUAUUGGUAGAAAUCUUAUUUUAAAGAGUACUGGAACUAGAGGAAGGAAGUGGGAAAAGAAGUGCUGCCAAAUUCAUGACUUGUUGAGAGACUUGUGCUUGAGAGAAGCUGAAAAAGAAAGGUUUUAUAAUAGGGCAUCAGAUAAUGUAGGCAUAAGCCUCUUGCCGCCUAUGUCACAAGCUCGUUCUUUGACGUGGAAUGUUGGACGAGAAAUAUCACCUCUGAAUAUGAGUUUGUCGAGGAUAGUGAAAAUAACUGAAAACCAAUGGCCCGAAGUAAAAUUAUUGAGACAGGCGGAUCAAUUAGUUAACUCACGAUUCGUUGAAAUACGUUCUUGCAUAAUAAGAGAGAGAAAUUUUUGUUGUUCAAUAUGGCGAUUUUGGAAUCUACAAACACUAAUUGUUGAGGGUGGCAAUGUGGUUACUGCGCCAACUGAGUUUUGGUACAUGCCUCGCAUCAGGCAUGUUGAGUUCAAGCGUGGACUUCGUCUCACAGAUCCUCCUAACGACCAAGAUGACAUUGUUUUGGAAAAUCUGCAAACGCUGGGAAGAAUAUUUGAUUUCAAGUGUAGUGAACAAGUGGUCAAAAAAAUUCCCAAUAUAAAAGAAUUGGUAUUUUGUAAUGGGGGAAAGCGCGAUCAUGAUAUGUAUUGUUUGAGCCAUCUCGAUUGUCUAACUAAACUUGACUCCUUGCAUUGCGUGUUUAGAGGAAAGUAUGUAAUCAACUUUCCCCAUUCGCUCAAGAAAUUGAUUCUUUGUAUCGUCGACCGACUCGACCCAUUGGGUAUUUUGUGGGGAGACAUAUUGGAUAAGAUAGGUGUGUUGCCCCAUCUUCGAAAGCUCUCACUUACCUAUGGGAGGUUCAAGAAAGGGAAGUGGGAAACAACUGAAGGCCAAUUUCGUAGCCUCAAAUUCUUGUCUCUUUGCGGUUAUAAUCUAGAAAUCUGGAAAAUUGAAAGCUCCCACUUUCCAUGCCUUGAGCGCCUUCAUCUUCUUUUUCUAAAGAAGUUGCGGGAAAUCCCUUUAGAGUUCGCAGAAAUACCCACACUUAGAGAAAUAGUUGUGGAAUAUUGCAGUUAUUCGGCAUUGGUUUCUGCAAAAAGAAUAUCAGAGGAACACGAGGACUAUUACGGGGAAGGAGCCCUUCAAGUUCGCGUUCAAUUCUGGAGAGAGAACACCGCAGCAGAAGUGGAGAGCUUGGCUAGUCCUAACUUUUUUGUUAAACAAAUGAAACUAAGGUAGUGUAUAGCGAAAGCGCACAGCACAGAAUGAAUCCAUAUCUAACUCGACCGGUCGAACCAACAAUCCGGCAACUUCGGCAGCCGCAUCCCUUGCUUUCACUACAUACUAGCAUACUUGAUUAAUAUAUUAGCUUUUGUUAUGAUAGAAUUGAUUGAAUAUUUGAGAUAUAUAUUAGUAUUUUUUUCGAAUCAUUUGAUAUCUUUGUAGUGAACACUUUAUUUGUGUAGAUGAAAAAAAGUAUUAGAGUUGGUGUUU